CUAUGAGGGAGGCCUUUGUCCAGCAGUGGACGGAUAAUGACUGAAAUGAUGAUGACGAACUAGUAUUAAUCUGAUUGUACUGUUCCUUGUUCCGGAAAUCUAAAAAAGUUAAAUAUUUCUUAAAAGUGCUUGUAGGCAAACAUAAAAGUAUGUACUUAUUGAGUAUGAUCUAAAACUCCAAGCCAGUAUGUUGGCACUGGCCACAAACUCAACUUGUAAGCAAUAUCUGUCAAACAUUAAUGUGACAAUCAUAUUAGUAUUUUGCUAUUAUAUCCAAUUAUUAAGAUCCCAGCACUCGUUACAAUGACCGAUCUAUAUUUGACGGAGCCACGACUCAGCGCGGCAGGUCCCACGCCGGCCGACGUGGCGCGAUUCGUGCCUUACGCGUGCAAUCAGUUGCAGGCGCCUUUUAUGGUCAAAGUUGUUAUGCGAACUCAAGACGAAUAUGUAAGCAAAACAGAAGAGAGAUAUAAGAGAUCGAACAAAGUGAAGUCAGCCAUUCAUCAGAAUAUAUCUAAUGUGUCUGAAAGCAAGGUGUCUACGGUCUCUGUAGACCCGCAGACAGACAGGGACAUGAUUGUUAUCGUCGCCGUGACCGACGUAGUCGGUAAUUUGGUCGAGCUCAUUUUCUACCGCUGCCCCGACAUCCCGCGUCUCCUCAUUAAGAUCAUCGGCCUAUGUAUUCCAUACCACCCGUACUUUAAGAAGCUCACGCUGCGAUGGGGUCCCCUUGAUGGCCCUACUCUUUAUGAAGUAGCGAAACUUCUCUCCUUUUCGCAUAUCACCGAACUUAAUCUUGACGACUCACCCGUCGCUGCAGCCAAUUAUUAUAUGCUUCUAGAAGAACAGACACAGUUGCGGUGCCUGUCACUCGCGCGCUGCAACAUAGACGAUAACGAUUGUACAAUUAUCGCCUCGAAACUGAUCCACCCACUUCCCGCGGCGAGAACACUCGUAAUGCUUUCGCUCGCCUCUAAUUUUAUAUGUGACGUCGGAGCCUGUGCGCUUGGUGAAGCUUUGAGAAGCAACCGGUCUCUGCAAUAUCUGAAUCUAUCCGGAAAUCAGAUAGGUGACGUCGGUGCGGCAAGCAUAUUCGGGAGUCUCAUGGAAUUCCCGUUGUCAUGCGACGAAGUGGUAAAGAAGAGACAGCGACAAUUAAAGUACCUCAAAACGAAAGAGGAGGUGUAUACCAAGUACUAUAAUGAGCUGACAACGGCGCUUCUGGAACACUCACACGACGAGAACAGUCGCACUGGGAAGCGGAAAGCAACGGGAACGCGCAGCAGGAAAUCCAGUAUAACAAGCACGCUGACAGCAACUGCCACGAGCGUACUCGACACGGUCUCACUUAAAGCAGAACUGAUGGCCACCGAACUGCUCGGCGCCUACUCUGACCCAUUCAGCAUCGAGGAAACGAUGUUACACGACAAUUAUGUAUACAGUAUGGGGAACAUGACAUUGUGCUACUUGAACUUGGCGUACAACAGCCUAAGCUACCUCAGCACUGUGAAACUGCUGGAAGUGGUGACGUACCAGAGCGAAGUGGCUCACAAGGUGGCCAGCGGAUUGUUACGUGUGCAUCUGGUUGGAAACCAGUUGCCGGUGGCCAGCCGCGAGCUAGAUGUCGCGCUACAGCUGCUCGACAAGGCCAUGAUCUGCAGAGCCAAUAAGCAACAGAAGCGGCCCGAGCGGUCCGCGCGCUCCGUCAAGUCUAAAUAGAGAAACAUUUUGAAUUUAACGUUUCAAGACUGAUCCUAUACGCAAUUUGAUUAGUUUAUACUCAAAUUUGUUAAGAUAUAAUAUUAACUUACUGUGGUAAACAUAGUUAAUAAUGUAGAUUAUUUAGUACUAUCAUCAUUAUAUCAGACUUUAAUUGUCCACUGUUGAACAAGCCUCCCCCUUAAUGGGGUUUUGCUGGUAGUUACUACGCUUGGUAGGCGGAUUGGCAACCGCAGUUAGGCUUUGAAAAAGUUUUAAGAGGGACACUGCUGCCGAUCCGUCGCCCUCUCUUAGUUGCCUCUUACGACACCCACGGGAAAGGAAGAGGUGGCCUAUUCUAUGCCGGGACCGACACGGCGAUUAUUUAGUAUAUUUGAACUUAAUUAUUACUCAAUUGCUGUUUUGUGUAAAGCAUUUUUAAGAGUAAUGUUCGGCUAGAUAAUUUCUUUCAUGUGACAUCGCGAUGAAGCGCCGCGGUGUCGUUUAACAGAACCGAAUA